UCAGGGGGGAGGGGAGGGUCGAGAUCGCUGUACGGGUGUGUGCUCUGAGCAUUUUCCACUUCCCCGCGUCGGAUCGUGGAUGUGUAUAGCUAGCCCGGAGGUUGAAGAUUUUAAGUUUGUCUGUGCAUAUCGGACAUCUAUAAGGCUUAGGUUGGGACGACUCGUGAGCUAGAAAUGGAUUUGCCUGAUGAUGGCGAGACACUGGUAGCUGUGCUGAUACUUGUAGGUAGUUCCGUGCGAUUUGAGUUUCUCCGCUCGGGUCGUGGAUGAUGCAGGUCCUACCUGCUCGUUGAGACCAGACCGAAAUCGGGUCCUGGGGAGUCUUAUAUAAAUAGGUGGACUGUAUCCCUAAUCUCAUCUGCAAACCACCGUUUAUUCGAGCUCUCGAUUUACCUCUUCAUCCUAACCAAUCCUACCACCAACCACACCCCCAUCAGUAACAAUGCGCACCUUCACCCUCGCCCUCCUCAUCCUCGCAAGCACAGCCCUCGCCCUCUACGAGUGCCCUGACAAAGAGAAAUAUCCCACGCCUCAGUGCUGCACUGCAAAGGGGGCUGAUACGAUCUGCACCGAUCCGACGAUGAUACCGGCCUCUGUCGGUGCUUUUCGCAUCAACUGUGCCGCCAUGACUUCUGUGAGGUCCGCGUUUUGCUGUGAUAUUUCAAAGGGAAGGGAGGUGCGUAACUUCAAGUUAGUCUAACCUGGAACCAAAAGAUGUCGAGCCGCCAGAAAAUGGGGAGGAGGCGUAGGGACGUAGGCAUUGGGAUGAGUGGUAGGUGUGGUUUAUGAGCUAGCUCUACAGGGGCGUAUGAAUACACUCCCCACACUUUGGAAAGAUCCCUCGGUUCUCAUGCGGCGUAUGCUCUUGUUGAAUUAUAGUCUUUUACUUGAAGCUACAAUACAGUACCCCUUUACUUAUUUCUCC